GCUGGGAGAGCCUUGGCAGCUCACUCUAGAUUGAAAGGAAAUCUCGUCUGAUCACUCCACAUUGUGUUUCCAGGAGAACUCUGGUUUCUGGCUCACAAAACCCGGCAGCACUUUUGAUUUCAACCAGUGAAUGAGCUAUGGCAACAGUCAUCAGCCUUUCUGAUCUGGUGAAUUUAUCCAUUGGCACACCUGAAGUUGGCAACGUUAAUUUCAAUGCCUUGCACGCUCUUCUUCACGCCAUAAUAAAGCAUUUAAACAUCCAAGACCUUAAAGCUGAGAUCCCACAGGAAAAUAGCGGCCCAUACAAUCCCCCUAAAGGGCUGGUGAAGGCGGAUGAAGAGGGGCACAAUGGCAAGGUGCCAAAUGGGUACUAUCUGAUGGAGCAAAAGAUCUUGAAAUUAGAGCAGCAGUUACAAGCGCUGAAUAGUUUGCCCACUGGACUGGAUCUAAUGGAAAGAGCGAAAUCACAGCAGGGUGGCAACACGCAGGUAGAAGAUAUGUGGAAUAUGAUGCAGAUGAAGAAAAAACUUGAGGCUAAUGAAGAUGGCGUAAGUCAUGCCAUGACAGUGUUACAAGAUCUGCUCCAUGAGAUCAGUCUUCUUAAGGACUCUCAUCAAGAAGUGGAAAGCCAGCUACAGAAAGUCACAGAGAACAUACAGCAGGAUAAUGUGCAGGAGCUGGAGCAGCGACUGACCCUCAUGGAGCUAAAGGUAGCUACAAAGGGAGAUGUAGAAAACUUGCAGAUAGAACAUCAAUCUGUCCAGAAGAAGCUGAAUGAUCUGGAUGAGAGGCUGGCAAAGUUUCCAAGUCCGGGUGAUCUGAGUAAUGUGGUACAGUGGGAAAUAUUGCAUGACACUUUGGUGAUACAACCGGCGGCUGUGGAUGCCCAGACCUCAAAUGUUCUACCCAUUGAUCAGGGCACUACAACCUCUAAAACAUCUUUGGUUGGGGAAAUGACUUCACAACCUACUCUUCAAGAGCCAGCUACUUCAGCAUCCAUGUCCCAAGCUCCGGUUGAAGUUGCACAAAUUACUGAGGGCCUUAAAACUGAAGAACCUGUACACACUGUUGUUGAAACGGAAAUAAGUCUAGCACAAGAACCCAUUGGGAAGUCCUCCUUCUCUGCUUCUGACACUCAUGAAGAACUUACUCAAGGGAAUGGUCAAGAAGGCACAUCCAUCCCAUUUCAAACAGAUAAAGCAAGCCAGAAACUUGAAGAUAAUUCCCAUGCUCAACCUUGCGGUCCUGCUACUGACCAUUCUGUGACUAAUGUUCCUAUUGUUAGUCAGGAGAAUGCAUACUCUCCAGGUUCUCCUGGAGAUGGUUAUUCCUCACUCGCUACACUUAGUGCAGAUGGAACAACUCAAAUUCCUGGUUUACACCCCACAACAACAGCACAGCUAAUGGUUGUAGGUGAUAGCAAUAAUUAUUCCCCAGCCCCUGCUAGCUAUCCUGGUACUCCAAAUAAAGAUACACCCCCAAAUACACCAUCAUCCUCCCAUGGCAGCCGUCCAUCACAUCGCUUUGCAGAUACAGUGAAAGCACUUCGCAACAUUGGUGCCCUUUCUGGGGAACAUGCAUUGCUUCAAGCACGGGUGGAGGCACUGGAGAGAAUCAAAGAAGAUAGAACAGAACUCGGCAUGCUGCAAGGAACCACAGCUGAACAUCUCAAAAACCUAUCAGGCCUGCAAGAGCAGCUGAGCUCCCUUUAUAAAGACGUAGAAGAGUUAAAAAGUAACAGUGAAAAGGACAAGGAUCUGCUCCAGGACAAAGUGCGGCAGCUGCAAGAGGAGCUGGAGCAGCUGGACAAGUCCUCAGGCUCCAUAUUCCAGGAUCAGCAAGAGAAGCAGAGACACAUAAAUACCAUUUAUCAGGCUCUGGAGAAGCUGGAGGAGAAGAAGGUCGACAAGGUUGAUGAGCUGAUGACUGCUGAUGAGCUCAAGGUAGAUUUGGAGUAGAUUUUCCCAUUCAAAAAGGCAGACAUGCAUUCCUUGGAAGGUAAAGUGAGCCGCUCUCAGUUUGAUGCCACCACUGAUCACAUAAACAGCAUGAUGCAGGAGCUGCUGGGCAAAGUAAGUGGGCAGGAGCAGGACUGGCAGAGAGUGCUGGAAAAGAUCAACCUGGAGAUGCAGAGUAAACUGGAUCGCAUGGAACUGGAUCCUCUUAAGAAGAAAUUAGAAGAACGAUGGAAGGAAAUUCGCCGACAGCUGCAAGAAAAACCACCCCAGUACGAGUCUGAUGACGCUGCCGGUAUCCGCAGGCAGCUAUUCCACUGCCUGUCAUGUGACCGCCGUAUAAACAUGAUGGUACCGGGACCGCCGAUAUUAACAAUCCCCAACAUUCCAGGACUGCCAUUUCAUCGCUCCCUUCGGCCCUUCACAGUUUACGAACUGGAUCAAAUUCGUCAGUGCAACCGCAGUGAUCGCAUUGCUGACUUUACUGAUCUUGGGUAUAUACCAACUAACCGAAAAUGUGGAGGGAGCCACACAGUGACCUUCCCGCAUCGACGUUAUGUCAGGAUGCAGGGUAUCACCCCGUGUUCCUCUCAAGAAGAAGAUCUGGUGGGAGUUGGUCUGAAGGAGGAGAUUGAUAUUCAGGGAUCUGAUGGUCAAAUUUAUCAUGGCAGGAUGGACUCCAAUUUACCAGCUAUACAUGUUAAAGAUGGAAGAUCUAAACGAGUGAAACAUCCUCAAGGAUCACAGAAAUCCCUUCUUGCAAACGAUGUCAGUGUGCCACCCUCCCGUGCGCAGAGUGCCAAGUCUUUUGUUUCAAAUAGAAAACCAGUGUUAGAUGCCCAGAUAACCAGCUUCACAUGAAACCCAACGUCUGCUGUCCAGCA